CACGUCAUCAGUCACAACAAACAUGGCGGAUGCCGGUGCAUCUAUGACUCUAGCGACAAUUUCACUGAUAGGUUUCGCAUUACUGGCAGGGUUUUACCUGACCACUUUAAAUGCACUAUGGACACUGGUCUCCGUUACUGUUACUGCCGUGUUGGUGUCCCAGUUAUUGCGGAAGUUACGGAGAAGAGACGCGUUGACGGAGCGGCGUGUAUGUGUGCUGGUUCUGGGGGAUAUCGGACGCAGCCCUCGCAUGCAGUACCAUGCCCUUUCACUCAGCAAACACGGCUACAGCGUAACGUUUGUUGGAUUCCCUGGUACCAAGCCUCAUCAGGAUGUGAUUGGAGAUGAGAGGAUCACAAUCAUCCCAAUCACAGAACUUAAAGGACUCCAAGUGGGACCUAGGAUGGUGAGCUAUGUUACCAAGGUGAUUCUCCAGUCCCUGCAGCUUCUCCUGGUGUUAUUGAAGACUGAUGUCCAGUCCCAUAUUCUCAUGCAGAAUCCUCCAGGACUGCCCAGUAUAGUGGUGACAUGGCUGGUGUGUGGUCUGAGAGGAUCCAGGUUCAUCAUUGACUGGCACAACUACGGCUACACCAUCAUGGCCCUCUCACACGGCCCGGACCACCCCAUCGUCAGGCUGGCACAGUGGUAUGAGCAGUUGUUUGGGCGAUUCUCCAGCCAUAACCUUUGUGUCACCAACGCUAUGAAGGAAGACCUCCAGAACAACUGGAACAUCAGGGCGACCACAUUGUAUGACAAGCCACCUGCUAUCUUCAAGGAGACUUCAGUAGACCUAAAGCACCAGCUGUUCAUGAGGCUGGCCAAGACUAUUCCUCAGUUCCAGGUCUGUGGUGAGCGACCUGGUGACGUGACAGAGAAAACAGCGUUUACAUGUCGUGACCCCAGUGACCUUUCUGUGACUUUGACCUCAGGUCGACCUGCCCUACUGAUCAGCAGCACCAGCUGGACCGAGGAUGAGGACUUCUCCAUUCUGCUGAAGGCUCUGGAAGACUACGAGGGGUUUGUGAAAGCAGGAGCCUCUCUUCCCUCGCUGGUCUGUGUCAUCACAGGUAAGGGUCCUCAGAAGGACCACUACAGGAAGCUGAUCGACACCCUGAGCUUUGAGCACGUGAAGAUCUGUACUCCAUGGCUGGAGGCAGAGGACUACCCUGUUCUGCUAGGCUCAGCAGAUCUGGGUGUUUGUCUCCAUAAGUCGUCCAGUGGUCUGGACCUGCCUAUGAAGGUGGUGGACAUGUUUGGCUGCUGUCUGCCUGUCUGUGCCAUCCACUUCUACUGUCUACAUGAGCUGGUGAAACACGAGGAGAACGGGUUGAUCUUCAAAGACUCUGAGGAACUAUCUGGACAGCUCAAGUCUCUUCUGUGGGACUUCCCUGGUUGUGAGGAUGAGGGCAAACUGGGUCAGUUCAGGAGGAACCUCCGGGCCAGUGGGGGGCAGCGGUGGGACCAGAACUGGGACCAGAACGUCCUGCCUCUCCUCACUGCACCCUGACUCCCCUGUUAGACAGACCUCUUUACAGCAGCUGACUCAUCCCCUCUCUACAUCUUCGCUCCGUCUCAAACCCACUUCUUGAGCCUCCAAUCUUGAACAUUUUAACAGACGCUCUUAUCCAGAACGACUUACAGGAGAAAUUAGGGUUAAGUGCUUUGUUCAAGGGAACAUCUACAGAUGUUUCACCUAGACUGCUCGGGGAUUCAAACCAGCGACUUUUAGGUUUCUGGCCCAAUCCUCUUAACCGCUAGGCUACCUGCUCUGAACCGCUAGGCUACCUGCUCUGAACCACUAGGCUACCUGCUCUGAACCGCUAGGCUACCUGCUCUGAACCGCUAGGCUACCUGCUCUGAACCGCUAGGCUCCCUGCUCUGAACCGCUAGGCUACCUGCCCUGAACCGCUAGGCUACCUGCCCUGAACCGCUAGGCUACCUGCCCUGAACCGCUAGGCUACCUGCCCUGAACCAUUAGGCUACCUGCUCUGAACCGCUAGGCUACCUGCUACCAACUGCCACAUGGUCCACUUUGAGGACCUGUCGGAAAGAGAGAUUGUUACAUCAGGCUAGUCUUUCCUCUGCUCUCUCUCUCUCCCCAUUUCUCUCUCUACUUCUGUGGAUCUCUUCAUUCCAGGCCGUUUUGAUUCUCCUCUUAAACAACACGGGGCGGCAGGGUAGCCUAGUGGUUAGAGCGUUGGACUAGUAACCGGAAGGUUGCAAGUUCAAACCCCCGAGCUGACAAGGUACAAAUCUGUCGCUCUGCCCCUGAACAAGGCAGUUAACCCACUCAUUGAAAAUAAG